AUGGCGAGCAAGCGCCUCGACGCCGUGAAACUGGCCAAGAGCUCGCGCUGGGACGAGCUCCGGCGCCUCGUGGACGCCGAACCCGCCACGGCGCAGCAAGUGGACUCGUACGGCAUGUUGCCGCUGCACUGGGCGUGCACCGAGCCGCAGUCGAUCAGCGAGGGCGUGCUCUUGGCGCUACUGAAGGCGUUCCCCAGCGGCGCGCGGCGGCCGAACACGGCCGAGAUGCUGCCGCUUCAGAUCGCGAUCAAGGCCCAAGCGCGCAUCGAGUGGCUACAGGCGCUGCUCGCGUCGUACCCGGACGCAGUGCUGAAGAAGGCCAUGACGGGCGAGAACGCCGUGCAGCUCGCGCGCAAGGCGGGACUCUCGAGCCGCAGUCUCAAGCUACUGGAGGAGAUGUACCACCACGUGUGUGCCAAGGAGGGGCUGCCGGACCAGUUGGCUUUGGCCGAGCAAGAGGCCAAGCUGCAGCAAGACAGCCAACAGUUGCAGCAGCAGCAGCAGCAGUUGCCGCCGAUGCAGGAAGACGGUGGGCCGCUGCGCCCGUCGGAGCGGUUCCAAGCCAUUGCAGGUGACCUGCCCGUGCCGCAGGGUGGUGUACCGUUCGGGCAGCGGUCGCGUGGCCUGAGCAGCACGGCGUCGCUCAAGCUGCGGUCGUUCUCGGACAAUGACUUUUACACGCAGCAGCGGACGAACGUGGCCAUGGGCGCUGGGGGGACGACCGCGACCGCCUCGAGUCCCUGGUCGCCGCGGCGGACCACUGAGUCGGUGCGGCCGCAGUCGAUUGUGGCACAACGACCGUCCGUGACGACUCGAAGUGCCGUGUCGCUGCCGCCACGCUGGAUGAACGCCCCGAGCUGCAGCAUUUGCGCGCAAAAGUUUGGCACGUUUAAGAAGCGACACCAUUGCCGCAAUUGCGGCCAAUCGAUCUGUCGCGACCACUCGGCGCGCGAGCGCAUGAAGCUGCCGCACUAUGGACUGAACGACCGUCAUCGCGUCUGUGUCGUGUGCCACGACGUGCUGCGCAACGCGGGUCGCCAAGGACGGCCGCGACAGCUCACGACACAGGUUGCGCAGCGCGCGAUCUCGUUGGCGCGCGUCAUUCCAGCUCUCGAAAGUGACGCGCGUCGCUCAGACGAGGCGCAGCGCUCGCCACCGAAUAAUAUGCUCGAGCGUCACGUGUCGGCACCGGCACGCGCGUCGAACUCUGUCGCGAGGUCACACCAAGGUGGAAACGAUGAUGCAGUGAACGCACAGGUGGCAAAUUUGCAAAAACAGGUCACGCAGCUCAUAGAAGAGAAGCAGCAAGCUGAGAUGCAGUUGCGUGUCCAGGCUGAAAUGCUGAACGACCCAGAUCGUCUUACGAGCGGGUCUCAUGGUAGCAACACGAGUGGAGGGAGUGGUGACGGCAUUGUGCCCAAGUCGCGCGAUCGACAGUGUUCGUUGCCGAUGCCGGUGCACACAGGCCCUGGCAUGCCAACUCCAUACAAAGCAAGUCCAGUGCCAAGCUCUGGCACACCAAUGUAUCGCUCUCCAGGUCAAAUACUGAGUAGGACCCGAAGUGCUGGCUGUUUUCUGCCGACACGCGAGAUAUAUAUCGAUAGCCCUCACGCUGGUGGUGCACUGCCACCGCAGCAAGCACGACAUGAGCCACCUCGUUCCAACCCGAUGGCUGCAAAUUUUGCGAGACGGAGAACAACACGACUUCAAGACGCACUAAAUACAAUCGCUGCCGUGGAAUCCACGUACGAUGACAUCGAUGGAUCCGAUACGGACUCGGAUAUUGAGGGACGCCAGACCGACAUCGGUGACUUUCACGACGCUGAAGCGGACGUUGAUGUCGAAAUUGACGACGUUGUGAAGGAGUACCUGAUUGAUGACGAAGAAGUUGACUAUGAUGACGAUGACGAUGAUGAGGAAGCGAUGGUGGAGGCAGUGAAGGCUGCAACGAUUACAGAAAAAGACGAGAUGGCACUGGAAGGCGAGACUGAAAGCGAAGUGGGGAGCGACACGUUGCCAGAAGUGGACGUGCUGGUAAGCCUCGGCCAUGUGAUGAUGGAAAAAGGCAGUGUUAGUGCUGCGGUGCAAGCUUUCACGCGCGCCGCAGAAAUCCGUCCUGACGAUCCUGCUCUUCAUUCGCUACUUGGUCGGGCGUACUAUGCCGAUGAGAAUUUGGACGAGGCUGUGGCUUCCAUUACGAAGUCGUUGUCGUUGGAGCCGUCUGCGACAAACUCGACAUUGUUGGGUAAGAUCCUCUUCGAAAAGGGUGACCACGAGAAGGCUAUUGCGGCCUACCAGCGAUCCCUCGACAUGCAGAAGUGA